UAACGAAAAAGAAAAGAAAAGAGCUCGACUUAUUAUGUGACGUUUCAGCUCACUGUGCGUCGUGACAUCACCCGCAGCGUGUCUCUCGGGGACGCGCGUCAGCUUGUGCGGGGCGGAAACAAACAGCGAAGCUUUCGCAGAACUGUGAGUUCCCGUGCGAUAUGACUAACUCCGCCAGAAUAUCGUGUCGAUCUUUGUACCCUGCUCGUUCCGUAUCUACCAUCUCGUACCAAUUACCGCGGGAGGAGUGUAAACAUCUCUGAAGUCAGGAAGUGGGAUGUGGCCCAGGUGAAAAGCUCGUUAUAUGGUUGCGAGCGUGGGCGCCGUGACUGAUGGCACGCGAUCGCUCACACACAUCAGGAUGACGCGUCGAGGGUGUGCGAUCAAUAUGAGAUUUUGUGUGUAGACAGUUUAGAGAAAUAAAGAGCCAUUGCAGUGAAGUCUUCGGUCUCGGCAUCAUAAUGGACUCUUCUGUGGCGGUGGGGAGGCUGGAGCUCGCGCGUCCGUUAAUGACCCGCGGCUCGUGUUUACCGGAGGGCGCGCAGAGCGCUCACCUGAACGGCUGCGUGCCGCUCUCUCAUCAGGUGGCCGGACACAAGUAUGGCGUUGAUAAAGUGGGAAACAAGAUACAGUUGACCUUUUGUGACAACAUGCUGUCACACUAUAUGGGGUAUCUUGCAACAUCCUGAUGGUACGGUCCUGAAACAGCUGCAGCCUCCUCCAAGAGGACCCAGAGAGAUGCAGUUCUACAGCAUGGUGUAUGCCGAUGACCACUGCGACCCCUGUCUUGUAGACCUCCAAGCGCACCUUCCCAAGUACUAUGGCACGUGGUCCUCGCCAGACGCUCCCACAGACCUGUACCUCAAGUUGGAGGAUGUGACGCGCAGGUUUCAGAAGCCGUGCAUCAUGGAUGUGAAGAUCGGCCAGAGGAGCUAUGAUCCCUUCGCUUCACAGGAGAAACGGGAACAGCAAAUCAGGAAAUACCCACUGAUGGAGGAGAUUGGCUUCUUGGUUCUGGGGAUGAGGGUGUAUAAAGUUGGUUCAGACAGCUUUGACACCUAUGACCAGCAUUAUGGAAGAGGUCUUGUGAAGGACACAAUCAAGGAAGGUUUAUCCAAGUUCUUCUACAACGGUGAUAUUCUCCGCAAUGACGCCAUCACUGCCAGCAUCCUCAAAGUCCAGAAGAUCCUUCAGUGGUUUGAGGGCCAGAGUCGGUUCAACUUUUAUGCAAGCUCUCUGCUCUUUGUGUAUGAGGGCGUCUGUGCGCCCAGCCUCGGUUCUCAGACCCUACGAGAGAGCCAGAUCGCAGCCGAGGCCUGUGAGCAGAACAACAACAUCAAUCAGAGCCUCUCCACCAUGUACUCCCUGCACAAGAAAGGCUGCGUCCGGAGCCACUACCAAUCCAAACAGGACAACGGCGUGUGGAGCUCCUCACAGCAGCCCAACGGCAACCGCAGCCUGGCAAGACUGGAAGAGGACAGGAAGGAGAUGAAGAGCGAAGCGGGACAGGAAACGGUCAGUGACGUGGAGGUGAAGAUGAUCGACUUUGCACAUGUCUUCCCUAGUGACGUUCCCGACCAGGGUUACAUCUACGGACUGAAGAACUUACUGAAGGUCCUACAUCAGAUUCUGGAAGAGUGAUGGAGUGGUUGUUGUUGCUGCCUGAAGGUAUGAAUUUUGUAGCCACUUUCAUGUCCGUCUACUCGCCUCUCUCUAAUCUGCACUACCUACACCAUCAGUGGAGUAACAUGUUUGUAAUCCUUCGUCUAAUGUAUGUGCUUUAGUCUUUUAAAAGCUUUGUACAGUUUGUACAAGCGUAUCUUACUCUUACUCAGGUAAAUGAAUCUAUAAUGCUUGUAUAUUUAUCCCGGCAAAUGAAAUUCAAACACUCUCGUCAUAUUAUGUCUCAGAUAAUACAUUAGUUCCUGAUUCCAGAGCCAUUACAGGAUUUCUUUUUUCUUUUUAUCCUUUUAUUUUUUUUAAUCAAUGUAAAUGGAAAUAGAAAUUUGAUGAGUGAGGAUGUAGGGAAAUAUUUAACAUUUAUUUCGCAUAUGCUGCCAAUAUGUCCCUGCCUGUUUCAGACCUGUUGAAUUGUGAAUUUUAUCUCAUUAUUUUUUUUUAUUUUUUUUUUUUAGUGUGAUUUGAAAACAAUUAAACCUUUAUAAGUGUAUGCAUGUUCAAUCUAAAUUUCAUGUUCUGUGAUUACUGAUGCAAUAUGACUAAAACAACAAUGACAGUAAUGAAGAUUUUUUUUUUUUUUUUUUUUCAUUGUAUGCCCUUGUGGUUUGUCUACAUCGAAUGCCAAAGUUUCCAUCGAUGAAGUGAACUUGAAUUGUGAUUUAAUAAUACAGUCUUUCUCUGAUUACUAACCAAUUUACUUGAGGGGUGUUCGGGUAUUUCAUUAGGGUGUUUGUACAGAUUUAUUUGGUGACUGCAUAGGACAUGAUAGGAA